AUGAACCACAGCCUUGUUACAGAGUUUUUGUUUCUAGGACUUACUCAAAAAUCUGAAGUUCGGGGAAUUCUCUUGAUUAUCUUUUGCUUCAUCUACCUUAUGGCUUUCUUUGGUAAUAUGCUCGUUGUCAUUGCUAUAAUCUAUAACACCACCUUACACACCCCCAUGUAUGUUCUCCUUUUGGCCCUGGCUGUUGUGGACAUCAUCUGCACCACAAGCAUCAUACCAAAGAUGCUGGUCACUAUGCUAACAUCAGAAAAUUCCAUCUCAUAUGGGAGCUGCAUGUCCCAGCUCUUCUUCUUCACAUGGUCCCUGGGGGCUGAGAUGGUUCUCUUCACUGCCAUGGCCUAUGACCGCUAUGUGGCCAUCUGCUUUCCUCUUCGUUACAGUACUAUUAUGAACCACCAUAUGUGUGCAGCCUUGCUUAGCAUCGUCAUGGCUAUUGCCAUAACCAAUUCCUGGGUGCACACAGGUCUCAUUCUGAGGCUGACUUUCUGUGGACCAAAUACCAUUGAUCACUUUUUCUGUGAGAUACCCCCACUGCUGGCUUUGUCCUGCAGCCCCGUGAGAGUCAAUGAGGUAAUGGUGUAUGUCGCUGAUAUCACCCUGGCUGUGGGAGACUUCACCCUCACCUGCAUUUCCUACGGCUUUAUCAUUGCUGCUAUUCUCCGCAUCCGCACCACAGAAGGCAAGAAGAAAGCCUUCUCCACGUGCUCGUCCCACCUCCUGGUGGUGUCCCUCUAUUAUUCCCCUGUAAUCUACACCUACAUCCGACCUGCUUCCAGCUACACCUUCGAACGGGACAAGGUGGUGGCAGCACUUUAUACCCUAGUAACACCCACAUUAAACCCAAUUGUGUACAGCUUUCAGAACAAGGAGAUGCAGGCCGGGAUUAGGAAAGUGUUUGCGUUUCUGAAGCAUUAG